AGGUCACAUAGCCCGGCCGGUGUCCGGCAUCGGUGGAGCUCGGUGGAUUUUUGAGGUGUCGCCGAGCUCCCCUCAUCGGUGGCAUAGCUCGGUGACGUGACCGGGCUCCGUCCGGAAAUCUACAGGCGACCGACCAAACACCGGCCGAUGACCGUCCGGAGUCUGUCUCAAAAGUGGAGAUUUUUUUCGGCCGAUGUGGCAGCAACUACCGGCCGAUGUCCGGCCGAUGGUCGGCCGGACAUCGGGGGGUAUACGGCCGGUACCCGAGCAGGUUAAAGGACACCGUGCGAUCACCGGCCGGGUUGUUAACGGGCUUCGAACACUGCCCGGCCGAUGUUCGGCCGGUGUACCUCGGACUUGGGGGGCCGAUGGUCAGCUAUUCCAUACCUGUAUAUAUAUGUCCACCCUACUUGGAAUGGUCAGUUCAUCACUAUGGCUGCACCGAGAAGACUACGAAUGGCGUUGUUAGAACACGAGCUAGCUCAGGCGAGGUUCCAGUACAACUUGGUCCUGGCAGCACUGCUCGAAGAAGCCGAGAGGGAGCGACAGAGGGCCGGCAGAAGAAUAAGACGUUGGUGGGUGCGCGAGUGGAUCCUACGCAGACCUCGUUUCGGCCAGUAUGAGACGCUCAUGAGGGAACUCGAGGCCGAGCACGCUGCCGACUUCAAAUCCUACCUCCGCAUGGUGCCACAGAUGUUCUAUGAGUUGCUUGACCGAGUUGGCCCCCGCAUUGCCAAGACCACAACGCAUCGAACCCCCUUGGAUCCUGGGCUGAAGCUGGCGAUCACCUUGAGGUUCUUGGCGACCGGAAGCAGCUAUCAUGAUCUGGCGUUCGCGUUUCGUGUCCCACACAACACCAUCUCUCUGUUCGUCCCCGAGGUCUGUCAGGCCAUCUACGACGAAUACGAGGACGAGAUGUGGCCACUCCCCAGACAGAAGAUGAGUGGCGCCCGGUAGCCGAGGGAUUCGGAGAUAGAUGGAACUUUCCCCACUGUUGUGGCGCGAUCGAUGGGAAACAUGUCGCCAUCAAGAAGCCCCCCAAGAGCGGCUCACUUUACUACAACUACAAAGGCUUCUUUUCCAUCGUCAUGCUUGCAGUGGUAAACUCUGACUACAAGUUCAUCUGGGCGAUGUGGGGUCACCAGGGUCGUAUUCCGACGCCGGCAUCUUUAACCGGUCGCGACUGGAGCCAGGUCUGCGUGAGGGAACGAUCGGACUACCCCAGCCGGAUCCCCUACCAAAUGACGACCAGGACACACCCUACUACAUGGUCGGAGACGACGCCUUCCCCCUACGGCCAUACAUGAUGAAGCCUUACCCUCAUCGGCACCUGAAACGGGACGAGCGGAUCUACAACUACCGGUGUUCCAGGGCACGCCGUGUGGUUGAAAACGCGUUUGGUAUAUUCGCCAAUCGCUUCAGAUGUCUGCUAACAAC